AUGUACACCCUCACCUGGAAGGACAUUUACCUCAUCCCCUCGUCCACCCUCAGAGAUGAGGAGAGGGAACACAUCUGGUAUGCAGCUGGAAACCAUGCUGACGAGUUGCAGCACCAGCACCCUAAUCGUGCUCCGGGACUAAUUGACUUGGCCCAGAUCCCAAGGCCCCCUCCAGGAGGACACCAGCAGAUCCACAGAACUUGGCUCACGGCGAGGCUCACACAGGGCGGCCCCCGCGCCAGCGCGGCCCGUCUGAACGAGGGCCAGCUCUGUCCCCUCGAGACCCGCCCCCUCCGCCCCGGUUCUCCCGCUCCAGUCGCCCAGGGGUCGGAGGCUGGGGGCCCCGAAGCGCCCGGGGUACGCGCCGGCUCAGAACGCAAAGGCGGACCCGGCCGGAUGCACGCCUGGGUGCGGACGGGGCCCCGUGAAUACGGGCAGGAGCUCGGCCAGCCCGCGCUCACCGUCGAUGUUCUCCCGAUCGCUGAUGUGCUGCAGGUUGCAGCCCGUGUCCUCGCGGCUCAGGUCCGUGUCGGCUUCGGGCUGGACGACACGCAGCACGAGGUAGUGUUCCCCAUCUUCGGGGGCCCCCCGGCUCCUGCUGCGCUCGCCUUGCUGCGAGUCCCCGGGCGCGGGGCGCGGGCGGCGGGGGCGUGGAGGGGAGGCCCGCCCGCCGGCCGCCGCGAAAGGGGGCGGAAGCCGCGGCCGACCCCGGGUCAGCAGCGGCGGCGGCGGCGCGGCCUCGCCAUGGGCGGCGGCGUCCCCGGCUUCCCCUCGGCCUCCCCGCGCGCCCGCCCCGGUCCCGGCGGGUCCGUCCGCGACGGAGGAGCGCCCGCGUCCGCGCGACUGAGCCACCGAGCCUGGCUCACCCCGCCGCGGCCAUGGCGAGCAGCGCCGCGCUUCCCGGCCGGCGCCCGAGUCCUCGGCGGCAGCGGCAGCCUAGGCAAGAGGUUCCGGUUCAAGCAGAGGGACGCGAGUCCGCGCGGCGUAGCGGGCGGCGCGGCCCCGGAGUCGCGCGCUGCGGGGAGGACCGGCGAGAAGAGGCGCGGCCGCGAGGAGGCUCCGCCGCCCCGCCCAUCUGCCCUGGAAGCAGAUGCACGGCGGGCGGCGGAGGGAGGGCCGGGCGAGGCCGGCGGCUCUGGGGCUUUGGAGCCUCGGCCGCGGGGCUGUGAGCGGCGCGCCGCGACCCUUUCUGCCCGGGGCUCCGCGUCCUCGGCCUCCGGGCCCCGCCGGGGCUGCGAGCUGCGUGUGGCGUCUGGCGGGGUCCCCGGGGCCCGGGAGGCUGGGACGGGACGCGGGGCGCCGAGGCUGCGCCCGUCACUCCGGGUGGGAAGGGAUGGACCUGUCUUUUUCUAUUUCUUUUUAUGUUUUGUUUUUACGCUCUAGAAAGGAGGCGGGACUUUGAUUCGGGAGCUCUCUCUGGGCUCGCCUGAGGACUCGAUGGUGACAUUGUCUUCAGCCCCGGAAGAAAUCUCAAGGGUUCCUGGGCUAUUUUAAUGUCGAAUUAGCCGCCGAGUAUUUUGAGUUCCUCGGAGGUGGAAGUGCGGUCGAAACGGGUAACCCAACUCGCGCUUCCCUGGCCUACUUUGAAGAGCCGCCGGGUUUGAUCGUGCGCGGCCCUCGGUCCGAGAGGUCGGGACGAAAAUGAAGGCGCGUGAAGGCCCUGGCUCCCGGGAGACGCUCGGUGAAUGGCUGGUUCCGGUCCUUUUCCGCCGCCCCAGGCCGACCCAACUUCUGGCCUGUCUUGGGGAGAGUAUAACGUGGCAGAAAUAACCCCCGCACUUUUCCAGAUAAUCGAAAGAAGUCAGGAGAAGACCCGGAGGGAAAAAGUGAUUUUGAACAGUCAAAGACGUGGUACACCUCUCCCAACUUUGUACGUGAGGAAGCUGAGGUCCAGCAAGAUAAAGUGCAUGGAUUGCGCAAGUUCUCAGUGCUAGUUAGUGACAGACGCAGGUAUGGGGACAUUUAUCUGCGUCAGCAAUGUGCGGAUGUCUUGACAGAGGCUUUAUCAACAUUAACUUUGUCCAUUUCUUGGCAUCUAGCCUUUGUUAAAACCUGUAGUGCCCCUCAGUCUUGCAGUAAUGUCUACACAUUUAUGAGUUCCUACUCAGGAAAUCUCCAUGCUGUGAACUGCAUUAAUGCCAUUUGUUGGGAAAAGUGGCAGAUGUCCUUGUAAAAUGAAUGGCAGCAAAGUGCUGAUCCUGGCAAGAUGAGAAAGAAAACAUACAAGGGAAGUUCUGGAGAAUGGCAGCCCUGAAGAGGGAGGAGAGGCUACUGCAUAAUGGACAAACGCCAGAGAGACUGCUAAUGUCCUAAGUGCACAGGACAGCUCCCCACGGAAACUGAACAGCCCAAGAUGGCAGUAGUGCUAAGUGUAAGAGAUCCUGUCUAAAUGUGCCAGUUAUUCACUUCAGAUAUGUCAUUCAUUCUUUCCAUCAGAAUAUAGAUCCCUAUACUUUUCAUAGCAUCUGAAAGAAUAUAACUGUAAUUAUAGUCUAUCAAGAAUUCAUUUUCUCGUGUAGAUUCCCACUGAAAACUAAAAGAAAAAAAGGAACAGUUUUCAAAGGAAAAAAUGUUAAUUU